CGCGCGCGGCGUAGCGACGGCAGGGGGCGCAGCCGCAUGCGCCGGGGGCCUGGGGGCGUGGGCGGGCAAGCUGCCCCGCCCCUUCGCUAGCUCAUCUCGGCGCGCCGCAGUCGCCCCGGGCCCGGCCCGGCGUCCAACGUGCAUCCUGGCAGUUUCCCGGUGAGUCGCGGCGCGCGGCCGUUGGUGACGGUGUUCGUUAGGACCGCUGACGGCCGGGGCCAGAGGGCGGGUGAGCUAGGGUGGGCCCGAGGCUGCCUCUAAGCAGAGCUGUCUGGCCUUUUGCUCUUCAUCAUUGGUUAAGGAAAUGACCAACCAGUACAGCAUUCUCUUCAAACAAGAGCAAGCCCAUGAUGAUGCCAUUUGGUCAGUUGCCUGGGGGACAAACAAGAAGGAAAACUCUGAGACGGUGGUCACAGGAUCCCUGGAUGACCUGGUAAAGGUCUGGAAAUGGCGUGAUGAGAGGCUGGACCUACAAUGGAGUCUGGAGGGACAUCAGCUGGGGGUGGUGUCUGUGGACAUCAGCCACACCCUGCCCAUUGCUGCAUCCAGUUCUCUUGAUGCUCAUAUUCGGCUCUGGGACUUGGAAAACGGCAAACAGAUAAAGUCUAUAGAUGCAGGACCUGUGGAUGCUUGGACUUUGGCCUUUUCUCCUGAUUCCCAGUAUCUGGCCACAGGAACUCAUGUGGGGAAAGUGAACAUUUUUGGUGUGGAAAGUGGGAAAAAGGAAUAUUCUUUGGACACAAGAGGAAAAUUCAUUCUUAGUAUUGCAUAUAGUCCUGAUGGGAAGUACCUGGCCAGUGGAGCCAUAGACGGAAUCAUCAAUAUUUUUGAUAUUGCAACGGGAAAACUUCUGCAUACGCUAGAAGGCCAUGCCAUGCCCAUUCGCUCUUUGACCUUUUCCCCGGACUCUCAGCUCCUCGUCACUGCUUCAGAUGAUGGCUACAUCAAGAUCUAUGAUGUACAACAUGCCAACUUGGCUGGCACACUGAGCGGCCAUGCCUCCUGGGUGCUGAAUGUUGCGUUUUGUCCUGAUGACACUCAUUUUGUUUCCAGUUCAUCUGACAAAAGUGUAAAAGUCUGGGAUGUUGGAACGAGGACUUGUGUUCACACCUUCUUCGAUCACCAGGAUCAGGUCUGGGGAGUCAAAUACAAUGGAAAUGGCUCAAAAAUUGUGUCUGUUGGAGAUGACCAGGAAAUUCACAUCUACGAUUGUCCAAUUUAAACAUCAAAGUCUUCCAGGGCCACGCUGCAAAGAGAAUGUACAGAUUGAUCAUGACAUUCCUUACCUUUUUAGGCUUGUUUAAAAGAAAUAUAGGAUUUAUUGUAGCAAAGACUUAAAUUUUGUAGAUGUAAUAUAAAUCUUUUCAUGUUUUAUUGGAAAUGCUGUUCAUACUUUAACAUAAAUAAAGUGUUCUUAAUGCAAACA